AUGUCGGGAAGACCAUCAAGAACGGUAAAACGGCCGCUACGGUUCAUAGAGGAGGACAGCGAUUUGGAGGAUGCUUCUUCUGAACUGAGUGCUUACUCCUCUGAUGAAGAGUCCUCCAGUGACAGUGUUCUCUCUAGUGAUGAGCAGCCAUCCUGCAGUGGUCCCAGCCAUGGUGACAUCCCACCACGAGGGAGAGGGAGAUGCAGAGGCAGAGGCCCUCAAGGCUCUGCUCACCACUCACCACCACACCAGCGUUGGAAAACAAUGGACGACUCUGAUGAGGCGGCUCCUACUCCCCCUAGAUUUUUCCCCAAACGCCCCCCUGGUGUUCAACUCCCUUUCAACCUGGGUAACCCCAGCCCAGGUGAGAUCUUUUGCAGGUUUGUCGAUGCAGAGGUUCUCCAACACCUGGUUGAAUGCACCAACAAAAAAGCAGCGACUAACCAGGAGAAGGGGAAAACAUUUGUCUGGACACCGGUUUCAACUGAUGAGCUGAAGAAGUUCAUUGGGCUGCUGCUCUAUAUGUCUGUAGUCCAGAUGCCACAGUUGAGUGACUAUUGGCGCCAAGGUACAAUUUUUCACCAGCCUUACCCUGCAACUGUCAUGUCCCGCGACCGUUUCCGGCUCAUUCUGAGUAACCUUUACAUGAGUGACCCAAAGGCAGAUGCAGAGAAUGAUGCGAUGAAAGGUACGGAAAAUUAUGACCCCAUCCAUCGGGUCAGAUCGCUCCUAAACAUGGUCCGCAUGCGUUGCCUGUCCUUCUACCAUCCCAAACAACACCUGGCAGUGGAUGAGAGGAUGGUUGCCACCAAGGCCAGACUUGGCAUAAAACAGUACAUGAAGGCAAAGCCAACGAAAUGGGGGCUGAAGCUGUUUGUGUUGGCCGACGUGAAUGGAUACACGGUGAACUACAUCCUGUACACGGGAAAGGGCACCACACCUGUCUCAGGGAAUGGGCUUUCCUUUGAUGUAGUUGUAGAGCUGGUGAAGAAGGAGCAUUUGGGGACUGGCUACAUCAUAUACACAGACAACUUUUACACCAGCCCCCUGCUCUUCCGUCACCUCAUCCAGGAGGGAUUUGGUGUUUGUGGCACAUACCGAGAGGGGAGAAUCGGCGUGCCAAAAACAAAAGAGAAUGCGCUGGACAAAAGGGCAUCAAGGGGCAGCAUCCGAUGGAUCAGAGAUGGUGACCUUCUGUUCAUCAAGUGGAAGGACACCCGCGAGGUCUCCCUCUGCUCCAGUGUCCACCCGGUCUACAGCGGAGACAUGGUGGAGCGCUGGCAAAAGACGGGUGAGCAACACCGGAGAGUCUCCAUCCCCAGACCCACAGCGGUGACAGAAUAUAAUAAGUAUAUGGGAGGAGUUGACACCUCUGAUCAAAUGCUUGGAACCAGAUCCGUCCACCGCAAAACUAAGAGGUGGACCACCACAGUGUUCCAGCAUCUUGUGGACAUCUGUGUGACCAACAGCUUCAUAAUCCACAAGGAGGUGUGUGCCAACCAGCAGCAGGCACACAUGACCCGGCAGCAAUUCCAAGAAGAGCUGACUGCACACCUACUUGGAACACCACUGAAACUGCAGUACGUGAGGAUCAGUGGAGAGAGUCUUCAGACUUUAGCUGAGUUCAGCUGA